AAAACUAAUUUGUUUUAUCAACUUCAACUACUGCUAAGUUAUUGCAAUGUUGGAGUAUUUAAAUAUUUUAAUAUAAUUUUGCCACGGUUAUGAUCAACUGUGUAGCUUUUUGAAGGAAUUUCCUCAUCUCAUCAUGGAAGAAAAAACGCUGGACGACUCCCUUAAACCGAACGUUCCAUUGAACGGUCACGUUCCAGAAUUAGAAUUCCAAGUAUCCACUGUUUUGAAUCGAUUGGAAGAAGCAGUGGAAAGGUUUGACGGUAAAGGCACUAUUACGUCUCUGAAAGUAAAUCAAACGUUGAAUUCGUCAGCUAAACCUCCUCAUGAAAUCAUAAAUAUCAUUCAAGACGCGAUUGUGAAUUUAAACUUGUCGAAAGAUGAAGAAGAACCGAACUUGGCUAUUUUACCUGCGUUAAGGGAUGUGGAUAGAUUGUCGCUUUUAUCUCAUAGUUUAAAACAGUAUAUUCUUUGCUUGGAUUUAGCUCAUUCCGAGUAUCUCACCAACUGGAUUCACAACGAAACUACAAAUUGCAUCAAACAGUUAUUCGGAUUCACGGAUUGUGGUAUUUCUUUCGACAAUAAUCACCUCGAGGGUAUCUUAAACUUAUUUCGUUUGCUACUUUUGAGAAAAUAUCGUACAUAUAACCACGAUGGCUUCGAAGCUUUUGCGCAAAACGAACCUGUGAUAUAUUAUAAUACACCGUCGAUGUUUGUUGUGGCCCAAUAUCUUUGUAGCUGCACCGGCCUGCCUUCAAAGUUUAUUCGUGAAGUUCCUUUGUUCACAUCAUCUAAGAAAACUGAAGAAAUGGAAGUAUUCAAAAGAAUCGUCGAGGAAGAUAAAAAUAAUCACAAAGUUCCUCUGUUAUUUUUAUCUGGAGCUGAAAGUCAAAUUGUUCCGUAUAUUUGUAAUGUUUCCGGUAUUCGAAGUGUAUGCAAAGAAUAUAGUAUAUGGUUGCACCUUGUUGGUAGCUCGAUUGCAAUUUUACCAAUACUACUUAGCAAACAAUUAGAUGAACAAUCUGUACAAUCAGCCGAUAGUAUCACCGUCUCUUUGGGAUCUUGGUUGAAAAUACCUGCUCUUCCGUCUGUUACGUUAUACAAUCGUAAUAAGGAUGACGAAACCUUUCCUAAUGUUGUAGAGAACGAUAUUAUCAAAAAUUCCAUCGCACUUCCUUUAUGGACCACAUUAAAGAGUUUGGGUUACGAUAAAAUCAUCAGUGAUUUUAUCGAAAAGUUCGAAUCUUGUCAGAGACUAUACAACAGACUAGAAAAAAUUGGUAGCCUAAAAUUGAUUAGUCAACCUCCUGGCGAAGGUAAUACAAAUAUAUCAGUUACUGAUCUCAUCUCAAAACCAUCGGUGCAAAGUGAUGUAUUUGAAUUGGUGUGCAGUUCUGUGGUGUUCAAGUUUCUUCCUGAAAACAAUGAUAUGUGGUCUUCGUCUUACUGUGAUAAAUUGAAUUCUUGGUUGAGUCAAGUGCUGCACAGAGAACUUCCGGUGGUUCCUAUCAGUGCGAUGGAAUCGAAAGAUAACGGAACUGUCCUACGUUACGCCCCUUUUGCAAACACUCCAUUGAUUUCAAGCGCCGAUUGGCAAUCGUUUUAUGCGUGUUUGGACCAGCAAUUGGAAAUUUUGAAAUCGACAGUAGCUCAAAAAGAAGCAUUGUAUAAAGUUAUUCAGAAUUCGGCUUGUUUGAAAUUGGUCGAGUUGCCAGAUUGGGCUGGUUUAGGUGGUGUGCGUUAUAUUCCCGAAGCAUGGGUUGCAGAUUCGUCGGAAGAGGCUAAUAAAGACGAACUGAAUCGUUUAAAUUUACAAAUUGUUCAACAACUGCGGAAUACAGAUUCGGCUUUUUCAAUUGGCGAAUCUAGGGACGGAUUUGCUUGUAUUCGUUUUGGAAUGGUUGGCUGGGAUUCAGACGUGACCGAUUUGAUUAGUUUGGUCGAAACGGUAGGAAAACAAGAAGAAGAUUCGUGGAAUUUCAUCGACACAAUGGCCGAAGUCGUUAAAAAAGGUAUAGAAACAGCCACUCUGGAUUUACAAAAAGAAAACGAAGAGAAAUUAUGGCAAGAAGGUAUCCUAAGACACGUUCCCGUAUUCGGGAACAUAAUGAACUGGUGGUCUCCAAUAAAUAAAGAUGGAGUAGGCGGCGUCAAAGGUCGCAGUUUAGAUUUAACCGCCGGUGUCAUCGAAUCUACAGAAAAUAUUUAUCGUUACCAUAUGCAAGGUGCUUCGAAAGUAUCCAAAUCAUCGUCUCAAUCCAGCGUUCAAGCACCUCCUACACCCACCCUCGCUGUUAAAAGUGACAACGAAGAAAGCACUCCAGCUGUACAAUGAAUGGCUAAAAUGUUGUAUACCAAGUGCAAUAAAGUAUACCAAAUUUUUAGCUUUAUUAAGUCGCUUUUUCAAGUUGUUCUGUUACUUGUUUGUUCUUUCUUUUUAGUUGAAAUAUUUUUUAUUAUUAUUACAUUGGCACAUGUCUGGUUUACAUCCAUGUUGUUUGUUACUAUUGUACAAUAAUUCCUAAUUACUUUCAGUUCGUUUCUUUUUAUUGACUUUGUAUUAAGAAAAACAAAAUAGCCUGCUGAUGUGACUGAUGGAAGUCGACUUUUUGUAGUUUCGCGUUUCCAUAAUUUUCUAGCUUCAUUUGGCUUGAUAUUUGUCACCGUAAAUUUUCGUUAGGAAUUAUUUUAUUUUAAAUAUUUUCACUUUAUUUUAUACGUGUAAUUUCAUUAUUAAAUUUUAUCCUUUUUUAAAA